ACCCAAAACGCAGCUCAUGCAAUUAGGCCGAUGCGGACCUUACGAAGCUCGACAACUCAUCUGUAGAUGACCCUACUGCAGGCACGAACGGGCUGCAACUGUACAAGAGCUAGCAGUCACGAACGUUCAAACCAUGCCAUAGAAGAUGCGCAGUCAUCAUGCCGGCGACGGCUCGGGGCAGUUUGGGAAGGUCGCCCGCGUGCGCUCCAUCCUUCUCCCCACGCACUGCACGCUCCUGCAGCCUGCGCUGCGGGCGCUGGCCGCCGCUCGGAAACAUAUCUCUCCACGCCCAUACUAGCCACAGCUGCAACAAGCGGAUCAGCAUGCUCUAGCGCCACCCAUGCUCCGCGGCUGCGGUGUGUGCGGGUGGGCGCCCAUGCCUCCAGCCCCGCCGCUGCGCUGAGCGCCGGCGGCGCGGCUGCCAGGCGCCGCCGUGCCGACCUCAGAGCAAAGCUAGCCUCGCUCCUGCUGCUCCUCCCACUGGCGAUGUCGCUCGUGCGCUUGAUCUGCGGCGCCGUAGGCGGGCUGGCUGAGGGCUCGCUGCUAGGGGCCAAGUUCAUCGCGCGGUCCAUCAUUAGCGGCGGCGGCGGCGGCGGCAGCAGCGCCGGCGCCGCGGCCGCCAGCAACGGGCCGCCGCCGCCGCCCUCGGACCUGGGCGGCGUGGGGCCGGAUGAAGCGGCCGGUGGCAGCCUCAGCGGCAACGCCGGUAGCGAGCUGUCAGACCUGCUGUCAGACGACGUAUUGGACACGGACACAUUGGGUGGCCUCGAAGUGUUGGGCGGUUUAUACGGCGACCUUGGCAGCAGCGAUCUGGAUCCAAACACGGUCCUGGCGCUGCUGUAUGCGGCCUUUGGCCUGACGGCGGGCGGCCGGGGCCCGGGCCUGGAGGCGGCGGCGGCGGCGCAGCUGUCGGAGGCGUACGUGCGUUACCUCGGCGCCUGGCUGGCGGCGCACGUAGGGCGCGGGUUCGUGCAGUUGUGCAGAUGGCUACAGCCGAUGCAGCUGUCGCUGCUGCAGCUUGAGGCGCCGCUGUACGCCAGCCCAGUGGGCCAAGCGCUGCAUGCGGCGCUGCUGCUGCUGCCGGCGCUGGUGCUGGCGCUGCGGCUGCCCUGGGUGCGCCCCGUGCUCAGCGGCGCGGCACGGGGCGCGUGGCAGCGGCUGCGGUCCGCCCUGCAGGCGUCAACAAGUGGUUCGUCGGGGCCCGCAGCAGCCGGCAGAGCGGCUGCAGCCGGGGGAUCAGGCAGCGGGCGGGCGCCCGGAGCGCAGGCGCGCGCCGUAAACGGCUCUGCUGCGGCGGCAGUGUCGGUGGGCGCUAGCAGUGGGCUGGUCCUGCGGAGCCGGGACGGCAGCAGCGUGACGUUCUCGUUUGAUGAGGAUGACGACGGUCCGUCCAGCGCACGUGCGCGCUCGGCGGCGGCCGAGGCUGUAGCAGCCGGGCCUGGGGCUGGGGCUGGGGCUGGCGCGGGGCGAAGCGGGGCAAGGCGCGGGGCGUCGCCCCCGUUGGCAUCGCCGGCGUCCUCUUCAGGAUCCACUGUUGCGGCUGCGGUGCCGGCAGGUGCGGCGGCGGCAGCGGGGCGAGGCGCGGCAGCGCAGCAGGCCAGCUCUAGCAAUGGUCCCGGCAGUAAUGGCGAUGAAGGCGCUUCAAGCCAGGCGGCCUCAAUCUCGGGGAGAGCUGGGCAACUCGCGUGGCGGGAAAGCAGCCAUGCACAUGUCUCAGCAACAAACGGGGUACCGGGGCCGGGGCCGCUGCCGCCACUGCUGCAGCAGCAACCGCAGCCGCACGGAGGUGCGACACGAGCAUACGGAGCACCGGGGCCAAGCAGCGCGGGGGCAGCGGCAGCUGCUAUUGCAUCGGAGGCAGAAAGCACGGCAGCGGCCAACGCAGCGGCACGGGAGGAGUCGGGCCGCCUGGCAAUACAGGUGCUGCGGGCGGCGGGGAUACUCGGCACGGCGGCAGCCCUCACCGUCCUGCCCUGCGGCCUGGUCACCUCGUGGGGCCCCUGGCUACUCGACAUGGUGGUCACGGCGGCGACGGCUGUGGCCAGCUGCUGCGUGUUCGCGAUGGCGUGGACGCUGCGCGGCCGGCAGCUGCUGUUGCAGGACGACGGGCAGGCGGCGCUGGGCUUCUGCCACACCCUGCUGCUCUGCCGCGUCUGCAUCGGAAGCAUGUACGCGGCGCAGGCCAACGACUGGGCCCUGCUGCUCCUGCUGAUGUCAACCGGCGGAAAUGCUCUGCGCAACUGCGCGAUGGCGACGGCGGCUAGCGAGUCGGGUGCGUGGGCAGAUAUGGCCAACUUGGUUUUGCCGGGCUUCGCGGCGUUUGUGUAUGCCUACUCGCCGAGGUACCUCGGGGCGGCUGCCGUUUGAUGCAGAAUGCCGUGGACAGGAUCACCAAGGACGCGGGAUGAUUCAAUGGGCUUCAGGUCGCUUAGUCUCGACCUAAUACUCCUGGCCUGGCCAGGGGGGGGGUAGAAUCUUCCGAAACAGACCCCAUGCUUCAAAUGGAUAGAGCUCAACGAGAAAGUCACGAAUCCGCUUUCAAAAUUGGAAAUGGGUUUCUGGAUGCAAAGUUAUGACCCCUCAAAGUUGUCGGUCGAUCGGUCGGUCUGGGGUCCCACGAAGUUUUGCACAGGUUCGUGCCAAGUUUUGUUCCUAGCGCUUCUGUCCUGCAACACGCGGCGCAAUGGGUGCAGCUCCACGAUGCGUGCAUAGGUAUACCCAAGGCUCAGCAAACGUGCAUAGUUUGGGGCAGUUUGGGGAGCGGCAUGUCGGCAUCUCGGGAAAUGCCUGGGGAACUGGUCAGGGACAAGCCGGUGCCGGCCGGGUUUUGCAUGGUGAACGUGUCAGCACAUUUCGCACUAUCAAGAAACAUUGGAAUAAGCCGUUGCAUAGAAGGCCAGUCUAUCAGGAUACUUGUUGGCAUACGGGUGGACAUGUCUACAUGUCCACAUGUCGGUCGGCCACAGUGUGUUCCCAAGACGGAUCAUUUUACAUAGCGAUAGAGCUCACUGAGAGCAGUCGAUUGGCACCAACCUGACAGAAAACUAAGGGGUUCUGAGGGGGUUUUGGGGGGUCGUACGGCAGGGGGGGUCGGUCGGUCGGUCGGUCGGGGGGUCCGGGAGGUUUUGUGGCAUGGGGUCAAAAAAGUUCGUUCCUACCCCCCCCCUGGCCUGGCACCAAUAAUUGUUGGGUUGAGCCGAACGGCGUUGGUUUAUGACGUGGUGCAGAGGCAGAGGCUGACACCGCUUUGUGGAUUUUAAGAUGCAGCACUGCAACAAUGUGCAUGGGAGCUUCCCUUUGC